UGGGGUGUCAGACCAUUGGGCAUCACUCCAGGGAGAAUCAAUGGGGUGCCAGCCUGCACAGCAUCGCUGGGCAUCAGUGGGGGAACAGAUCAUAGGGCAUCAGUGGGGAACCAGGAUAUAAAUGGGGCAUCACUGGUGCAUCACAUCAUGAGGCAUUGGAUCACGGGGCAUCGGUGGGCAUCGAUGGGAUACCGGUGGGAUAUCAGUGGCACAUCAAAGGCGUGUCCAAUGGCACUGAUGGGGCACCAAAGGGAGCCAGCGGGACAUCGGAGGGCACUGGUGUGGCAUGGGCAUGCCCCGGUGACACCGAGGGACAUCGCUGGGUACGGCAGGGCAGUGCGGGGACCCCGAGGCUGCCAAUCACUGCCGGGACUCCCGCCAAUCACCGCCGGGAUUCGCGCCCAUCACCGCCGGGACUCCCGCCAAUCACCUCCGGGAUUCCCGCGCGCGGAGGGGGCGGUGCUGUCCCGCGCCCGCCCCGCCCCCUCCUCCUCUGUCCGCUGCGAUUGGUCCCGGUGCAGCGGCGCUCCGCCCUCCGGGCCCGGCUCGGGCCGGGACUGGCGGGGGGCCGGGCCAAUGGCGCGUGCCGUAGCUCUAUAUAAUGCGCAGCGGGGCGCGGGAGGGCGCAGCGCUCGGCGGAGCCGGUGGCGGCGGGGGGCGGCCGGGCCCGGAUCAGUGCGAGUCCUGCGGGCACCGACCGCGCUCCCGCCGCGCCCCGCGCAGCCGCCCCUCGCCGGCGCCACUGUGGGUUUUUUUGGGUUUGUUUUUUUUCUUUCUUUCUUUUUUUUUUUUUUUUUUUUUUUUUUUCCCAUUUUUAAAUUUUCCUCCCGCUCCACACCCGGCGCUUCCGGCGGGUUUCCGGGCGGGUUCCGGGUUGGCGGCGGCGAUGCUGGAGGCGGCGACGGGGCCUGCGGCGGGCGCGGAGCGGCGCGGGGGCCGCUUCAGCGUCCUGACGUGGGAGCAGGUGCAGCGGCUGGACCAGAUCCUGGGGGAGGCCGUGCCCAUCCACGGCCGCGGCAACUUCCCCACGCUGUCGGUGCGGCCGCGCACCAUCGUGCAGGUCGUGCGCAGCCGCCUGCAGCAGAAGGGAAUCACCGUGCACAACGUCAGGCUGAACGGCUCAGCAGCCAGCCACGUCCUGCACCAGGACAGCGGCCUGGGCUACAAGGACCUGGACCUCAUCUUCGGGGUGGACCUCAAGAGCGAAGAUGUUUUCCAGCUGGUGAAAGACGUGGUCAUGGAUUGCCUGCUGGACUUCCUCCCCGAAGGUGUCAACAAGGACAAGAUCACGCCCAUGACCCUGAAGGAGGCCUACGUGCAGAAGCUGGUGAAGGUGUGCAACGAGAGCGACCGCUGGAGCCUCAUCUCGCUGUCCAACAACAGCGGCAAGAACGUGGAGCUCAAGUUCGUGGAUUCUCUGCGGCGCCAGUUUGAGUUCAGCGUGGACUCCUUCCAGAUCAUCCUGGACUCGCUGCUGCUCUUCGGGGAGUGCUCGGAGAACCCCAUGGCCGAGAGCUUCCACCCCACGGUGACCGGGGAGAGCAUGUACGGCGAUUUCCAGGAGGCCAUGGAGCACCUGCGCGGCCGCGUCAUCGCCACGCGCAGCCCUGAGGAGAUCCGUGGCGGGGGCCUCCUCAAGUACUGCAACCUCCUGGUGCGGGGCUUCAAGCCCAAGUCGGAGGUGGACAUGAAGGCCCUGCAGAGGUACAUGUGCUCCAGGUUCUUCAUCGACUUCCCAGACAUCGGCGAGCAGCUGCGCAAGCUGGAGGGCUACCUGCAGAGCCACUUCGUGGGCAUGGAGAGCAGCAGGUACGACUACCUGAUGACCCUGCACAGGGUGGUCAAUGAGAGCACGGUCUGCCUCAUGGGACACGAGAGGAGGCAAACCCUGAACCUCAUUGCCAUGCUGGCUGUCAGGGUCCUGGCUGAACAGAACAUCAUCCCCACCGUCACAAACGUUACCUGCUACUACCAGCCAGCCCCUUAUGUCAGCGAAAUAAACUUCAACUACUACGUGACCCACGUGCAGCCCUUCCUGCCUUGCAACCAGUCCUACCCCACGUGGCUGCCCUGUAACUGAGCCAGGACCAGCUCCAGGGUCUGUCCUCCAAGGUAUUUCCUUGCCUUGGGGGCGGCUUGGGAGGGUGGGCAGGGGGAACAAAAUAAAAACCUCCCCACCUUCCCAGAACUGCGACAAAAGGAAACUUCCUGGACUCUUGCUUGAGUGUCUUGUUCCUGGGGUUGUUGGAACGAGGCUUGUCUGCUUUACACUGUGAUGGGAAGUGCAGUGUUCUGGAAAUGACUCCUUGUGGAAUUGUGGAGGCAGUGGGUGGGUGGGGUGUGUGAGGGGAGACUGUAGAAUUACGCUAAGGUAGAGCUGCACUGCCCUGAAAUGGAUCUGAAUUGUGGGUUUUUUUUUUUUUUUUUUUUUUUUUUUUUUUUUUUUUUAGUGCAGGAGGUGUUAUGGGUGUGCAAACUUGUGGUUUCUGCUGAGAGAAGCCAGAGUGGCUAAUUCCUUUGAAGGACCAAAGAAUCCUGUUUAAGUGCCUGUAACAAUAGAAACACAACUGUACUGUAAACCUUUAUUAUUUUUUGCGGAGGCUGAUGGCCCAGAGCUUGAGUGGGGAAUGUCUGGAGAGGAAAAUGUUUCUGUCGUGGAUGGGGAGGGUCGCAAGAUCAUUUCUUAUCCUGGCUGAGGCCAGAGCAGGUUCAGUGUGGCUGAGGGGUUUGGGCAUGACUUGCUGCCUGUGAGCCAAGAGCUGCCAAAGUGGGGCUGCAUUACCCAGGGGGGUUGGGAUGGCUGGAACUGGGAGCACUGGGGAGGGGGGGAGUGAUGCUGGAAAGUGCUGUGCAGAGCUUGCUGGACAAAAAGGCAGCAGGGACCUACACAUGGAUUUCUUCAAGCUCCCAAGUCUGCAGUGCCAAAAUAUAGUUGAGUUCCUAAAUGAUGAGGCAGGUGAUUUGUCCAGGAGCCUGCCCCAGGCUGCCAUACCUAAUCCUGUAUUUUCUAGGGGAAUUUGAAAUGCUGCUUUUCUGAUUUUUUUUCUUUUUUUUUUUUUUUUUUUUUUGACAUGCAGUGAUUUUAAUGCACAAAGUCAGAGGCCAGCUGGGCUCUUGGGGAAGGUGAGGCUUGUCCUCUGAAGCACAAACUAUCCAGGUCACUGGUCAGUCAUUUCCAGCUGUCACUGUGUCCUCCAGGACCUCUUCCAUGCUGGAAAUCAUCCCUUGGGCAGGUCCUGUCUCCAGAGCAGAGUCCCCAGCUGGGAUUCCCUGUGUGAUAGCAUUUGAAAUUCAUCCUCUAGCUAGAAACAGAGCCUGGGGGAGGAAGGAGGGGGUGAAGUUAGUUGGCCUUAGGAAAAAAAUGUCUGAUAAACAGACCCUGUUGUGUUUUGAGGGUUUGGCUCUCAGUCCAAUGUGGGUUUGGAGUUGUUAGGUGUCCGGAGCUCAGAGUUUUUGUGGAGGUGCUGCUGUGCCCUCAGCCACCUCAGAUGGGUGUCAGAGUGCAGGGAGGCAGAGGGGGAUGCUGCAGGCUUUCAUCCCCUGGGAUGCUGCUCCAGGGUCACCACAGCUUCCUGGUGCUUCCUGCCAGGCUGAUACUCGAGUACCUUUACUAACCUGUGGGGUUUGGUUUUUUCUUUUUUCUUUUUUUUUUUUUUUUUGGUUUUUUUUUUGUUUUGUUUUUGUUUUUUGUUUUUGUUUUUGUUUUUUUUUUUUUUUUGUUUUUGUGACAAAACUGUAAUAGCUGGGCAGAUUGAAAUAAAGACUAGAUCCUUGGAAUGUGCACAGCCAGAUUGGUACCUUUUUUGGGGUAGGGGCAAUGUGGGUGGGGGGUGGCUCUGGCACCUGGCAUGAACUGGCCCAGCUGGAAGUGGCCCAGCCCUGCUCCCUCUUAUCAGAGCUGGGCGAGUGCCACUGGCCCUGUGGCCACUGCAGGUUUUGGCUGCCUCCCUGCAGCACAGCUUUGCCUUUGUGGCCAAGUCCCCCAAACUCCCUGUGCUGGGAGCUUGGGAUUUCCAGUGCAAGAGAAAACUGAUUUAAGGGCUGCUUUUGGGAGCCCCAGUGUGCCACUUCCGUGGCUUCGAGGAAGAUGAGGUUGUAUUUUUUUUUUCCUUGCAUUUUGAACUGAGCAUAGAUGCCCUGCAGCAGGUUUUUUACAGGCUGCUCCUACCCACAGACACACCAAACUGAGAUUCCCUCCUUCCUUCCCUUUGAGAUGCCCAGAAAGAUCCCCUACAGCCAACAGAUCGACAGGGCGACCUACCAUUGAGAUUGCACUUUGGAUUUAUGAGUGUGUGUGGUGGGACUCUUGUGGAUGGUUGAACCUUGCAGUGAUACUGUGCUGCCUCCUGUGAGGGGGCAAUUGGAAGAUUCCAGUAGCUUGAAUGGCACUUGAUUUCUUCUUUUUUUUUUUUCGUUGUUUUGUUUGUUUUAAAUGUUGGUUUUUUGUUUUUUUUUUUCCUACACCUGUAUCACUUGUCAUGCGAUGGGCUUGACAUAGACUCACUAGAUUCUUUAGAAUCUGUUAUGAAUAAAUACAGUGUAUUCAAAUUUGUUGGGUUAUUUUUAUUUGCUUGUCCAUGUGGGUAGUGUGACGAGGAGAUGACCUGACCUGACCUUGCUGCCACCAAAAACCAGGCUGGGAACUGGCUGGGCACCUUGACAGGGGCAAGCUGAGACCCUGCUUGGACCUGCCCAGGUGUUCCCCAGGCCAGAGCAGCUCUGAGUCCUGGGCAGUGCCACAGCUGAGGUCCCUGAGGUGGGGGUGGCACCAGGAGCCCCUCCCUGCUGGUUUUCCCUGCCUCCAUCUUUCCCUGCUGGUUUUCCCUGGUUCCAUUCCUGCUGCUGGGAGCUGCAGCAGCUGAGCCUUGGCUCUGUGAGCCGCCUGCAGAGUGGCUCCUCCUGGAGAAGGAGAGGCUGGGGAGGGUUUCUGUCCCAGGAGGAGCUGGGUGCUGGUUGCUGCUGCUGCUCAGGCACAUUCCCAGGGCAGGGCUGGCAGUGGGUGCAGCUCCUCCAGCCCUGGCUGCCCUCCAGCCUGAGAUGAAGUUUCACUUUCCCCUGUCAAGCUCCAGGCAGUUCUGGCUCCACUGCAACAAUGGAGCUGACGAUGUGCCAGUCCCUCUUUGGGACAAACUUGCUGGCUCUGCACCUCCAAAUUUUUACAGUCCAGGGCCAGAGCUUCCCUCUGACAACAGGGCUGGGAUGUUCUUGCUGGGCUGGCACUGCCAGGGUCCCUGUCCCUACCUUUUGCAGGGCUCCUUUCUCUCCAAACCUGCUGGGUUUGGAGACAUUUCCCUCUUUCUGGCACAAGCCCAGCACAAUGUCCUGCCUUUUCUGAGUGUAUCUCACAGCAGCAGCUCUGAAGUCUCUGAGUCCCUGAGCUGUCUUUGUGUGGGUGGCUGGUCCUGCUGCUGGUGUGUGGUGAAUAAGCUGCCUCUGGAUUUGUGACCCUGAGCAGAGCAAAUAAAGCCCUGACAGAGUCGGCUGGGCAUUGUUGGAGUGGAUCAGAGCAUACAAAGGGAUGUUGGUGGAAAGUACUCGUUGUGAUCAGAAAGGAGCAAUCAAUGUUUACAGCUGAGAUUCCCAUCCCUCUUUUGUUAAUUGUUAAAUAAUAAAAAAAAAAAAACCAAAGCAACUCUAUAUUUUCUCACAGCCUGUAGUCUGUCGUUAUUUUCCUCUUUGAGCUGAGGGGGUGAUGGGUAAGUCGGUGUGCCUGAAGCUCUGGUGGGUGAAAUUCAGGCUCUGGUGGUGCUGCAGUGCUCUGUGUGUGGGGUGGCUGCUCCUUUGCAGCAGCUCUCUGUAACUACAGCCCCUGGCUUUAGCCCCGUGCUCUGGGCAGUGCCCAGAUCGCUGCUGGGCUGGGACAGGAGAGGGGGUGGCACGGGGCUGCUGAGUGCUCCAGGCCUGCAGAAGCACCAGAAAUCCUCAACCUUGCAGCAGCAGGAUCUCUCCUGGGGCUGCUGCAGCUUUUGCUCCUGGAAGGACACCUGGCCGUGCUCCAGGCUCGCUGGAACGGCAGGAAUUCGUCCUGACUGCAGCGUGCAAGCAGCAUCUUGCUGCAGCCGUCCCUGCUCUGCUGCCUGGAGCCGAGGGUGGCACCAGCUCUGUGCAGGCGGCUCGCUAGACCCAGCACGCCAUUUCCAGUUUAUUUUUAAUCUCUGUUUAGCUUUUUUCCUUGCAGCGUGCCAGUGUUUUCUCCCUGGCUGCCCUCCUCCUCCCGUGCCCGGCCGGGUGUGCAGGUGGCUCCGGGAGCUGCUGCAGCAGCGGACAGCGGCACAGAACGGCAGAGAGCCGCGUUUGUGUGUGUAGCAGCAGCACAGCACAGCAGAGAACAGCGUGUGUGUGUGUGUGGCAGCAGCACAGAACAGCAGAGAACAGCGGCCGGGGC